AUGGCAAAAAAUGACAGUUCCCAGAUGAAGGACAUCCUGAACCACGAUCAUAAGGAACACAACCAGGUGGCGGUUGCCACCCAAACUUGACGAUGGGACGUCAUCUGUAAAGAACUGGAGAACCUUUCCAAGAGCAGCAACGUAUCGGUUGAUGAAGUGGAGAAAGCCAUAAAGACGUUCAAUCCAAAGUACAAGGAACUGUGGUCCUUUGAUGUUCUCCAGUCAUUUGUCAAGAGUGUUAACCCCAUGGAAAACUACUACCCAUCAUUGUUGCCAAAGAUUGCAAAGCUGGCCUCCAAACUGCCUCAUUAUGUGAAGAAGGCUAUCCCUCUUCUCAAGAAAGGACAAACCUCCUCCCUCACGCUCUCGCAGGGUCAGAUAGCCUGUCUUCUGGCCAAUGCUUUCUUCUGUACCUUCCCUCACCGUAACUCCUCCCAGGCCCAGGCCGAAUACAGCAACUACCCCACCAUCAACUUCAACAGUCUGUUUGGCAGUCGACUAGAGAGGAAAAGAGAGAAGUUGCGAGCCAUCUUGCAUUACUUCAGAGUGGUCACCGAUGACAACAAGAGACCCUAUGGACUGGUAACCUUCGAGAGGCGAUGCCUCACAGAGGAAACCCAUGUGGAGAAGGUACACACAAACACAAAAAAGGGGCAAUACAGACUCUGUUCAGAAGGCAGCAUAGAGGUUGAAGGCAAUGGAAUGCUACAGGUGGAUUUUGCCUGUAGCCUGAUCGGAGGUGGUGUGUUAGGCGCAGGCCUGGUGCAGGAGGAGAUUCUGUUCCUCAUGAACCCAGAGCUGAUCGUGUCCCGCCUGUUCACCGAGAAGCUGUCCGACCAAGAAUGUCUGAUCGUCACAGGUCAGCGGGGGUCCGCGUUUGAGUGUGCUCGCAACAGUUCAGUAGCUACAGGGGCUACAGUGACAACUUUGAGUGGACAGGCCCAUUGUGAAGACCAAACCAAGAGGGACAGUUGGGGACGGCUACACAGGCAGAUCCUGGCCAUCGAUGCGCAACACUUCCGACACCCGACUCAACAGUACAACAUGAGUUCAGUUAAUCGUGAACUCAACAAGGCAUAUUGUGGGUUUGAGCGAGAUGCAAAGACCCCUUUAAGCGAUGUGCCUGAUAUUGCUACCGGGAAAUGGGGUUGUGGAGCCUUUAACGGAGACCCCAAACUCAAAGCUCUUAUCCAGCUGAUGGCAGCUGCGGAAACUGAAAGGGGACUGGCCUUCUUCACUUUCAAGGACUCUGAGAUGGCGAGGGAGCUGGCGGAUGUGUACCACCUACUGGUCACCCAAGGAACUACAGUUGGGAAGCUGUACGACACACUGCAGAACUACUGCGAAGUGUGUCGGCACAAACCGGUGGAUGUGUUUGAGUUUGUCAAGAACACCUUGAGUGACAAGAAGAGUCAGCUGUGAGGCAACCUACCUUGUUGUGACACGCCCUUCCCCUGCGCUAGAGAUGAAGCUCACAAUACUGGUUUUUGUUUUUAAUCUGGUUUUGUUCUGCCAUUGCAGACAAGCAAUCUCAAACAACAUUGUGCUGUUGCAAAGAGCGAUGAAGUAAAAUAAUACAAAUAAUAAUGAUCAUUUAGGGGCAAAACUGAAACGUCUACCUGCUGGGAUAAUUAAAACGUAUUCUUUUAAAAUGUUUUGAUACAUUUUGACGUAACUUAAAAGAUUUUCGUUUGAAUAUUGAAUUCUUUAUAUUAAACGCAUGAGAUCAAUCGUAAGAUAAAUCAUAAGAUAACAGAUUUAACAGAACAGAUUCAUUGGUUUUUGAAAAUGACAUUCAAAACCCAGUGCCACAGGAACGCUUGUCUUUAUUCAUGAGCAAAGAGUAUAAAUGACAUACAAUGAUACAAA